AUGGAAUCUCAAAUAAUGUUGCAAGAGUCGGAUGUUAGUGCCAGGAAAGCAACAAUAAUAUAAACUUAGUCCAAAAUUGAGUAAAAGCCUCUAAGAGAGCUCAUUUAAUAAUCUGAGGUAAUUGAAGUGAAAAUUGGCUAAAUAAUUGAGUGUAUGUUAUGUUCCAAGAUUUUGUUUGAUCCAGUUCAAUGCAGAAAUUGCUAAACUUGCUUUUGCUAAAUUUGCACAAAAAUCUGGCUUGGUGAAGGUAAUAAUAAGUGCCCAAAUCUUUGUGCUUAUGACAUGACAUAGUUGAGUGAAGUUAAUCAGUAAAAUCUAGAAAUGACAUAACUUCAAGGUUGCAAAUAUUAAAAUUGUAAUUUGUACAAGCAGCCUAUAACUUAUCAAAAUCUAAAGGAUCAUUAUCUCUUGCAAUGUGAGGAAUAAGUUGUUUAAUGCCCACUUAAUUGUGGUUAAAAAUUUAUCAGAAAAGAGAGAUUUAGUCAUAUACUCACUUGCAUAAACUGUAAAAAAAAGUGUCAUGACUGUGGUUAUGAGUUCAAGGAGAACAUAGAUGACAAUGACUUUCAUGAUUGUUACAAAUAUCUGAAUGAUAAAAUCCAGUACUACAAAUAAGGAUAUUCAAAGAUUGAAAAGGAAAUGUACAAUUAUAAGUAAAAAUCAGAAAAUGAUAAACUACUUUUGAUGUUUUCUGAUAGAUUAGCUAAGUAUGAUCCAGAGUAUUUUUAAACAAAUAUUCACAUCAAUCCGAUAAGAAAAAUUAGAUUUGGAGAACUGAAAACGAUGAGAGAAUGGUUUUGUGAUGGUAAAAAGAUUAAAAGGUGCAGUUCUCAUUACUAAAAUGAGUUAUAGAGAGAGAAUUACUAGCACUAUGUAUAUCAUUGUGAGUAGUGCGGUUUUGAUUUUUGUCAAGAAUGCUAUUCUCAAUAGGGGAAUAAACAUCACCACCCACUUGAGAAACUAACUUUUGGAUAAUUAAUAUAAAAAAAUAAUAAUUACAUUUAAGGCUAUAUUUGUGAUGGGAAUAAACUUUAGACUUGCAAAUACCCUCACAAGCCGCAUACUGAUCAACUUGAAAUAUUGUACUAUGAUGAAGAAUAGGACUUCAAACUUUGCUAUUUCUGCUUCACUACACAUGCUAUUUAUGAAGAUGACAAUGAAUGA